AUGACCGGACCAUGGCAGUUAUGCCGAUACUGCUGUUCUUCGCCGGCAGCGCAUGCGGCAAUAACUGUUGUUUCGGAUGCUUACGCCAAGUACACGGAAAUCUGGAGCAAUGUCUCACAGCCAGGCUUCGACGGCAUCGAGAAGAUGAGGAAGUUCGCUGAUGCAGCCGACACCAUCCUUGGAUUGGCCGGUGCCCUCGUGCAGGCCGCCUUGAAUAACACCACCGACGACCCGAAGAGCGACGAUGUCCGAGCCAGAAAUCAGCUGUUGCAGGACAUCGACACCCAGGAGGAAGCGAUACGGCAAUGGCUGUUCGAAGGAUUCCCUGCUCAACGGGCGUAUUCGGCCGGGAUGGAAUGGGAUACGAAAAUCGGCUCCGUUGUACCGAGGCUUGGGCUUAGAUACCAGAUGCUGCUCGAACUCCCAAAGAGUAGUAAUUUUCGCGAUCGUUUCAAGGAACUUUGCUUCACCGAGGGCCCCGGCUAUUUAUUCCAGGAGCUUUUUCGACUCAUCGUCCCCAUCUGCCCGAUUCCAAAAAAGUCCGCAAUCCUACACUCUAUCUCUGCAACGAAAGCGGUGCGAAGGAUCGAGUCCAAGUUGCUGACACCUCGUUCAUCGAUUUCGACGGAGUUCAGCCAGGCGAAGGCAGAUUUCAUCUACGCUGUUGGGGCCACACGAGAACGCGAGGCCAAUACCAUGCUAUCGGACAUUUCUAAGGGUGCCUUUUGGUGCCAAUGUUGUGGAAAGCAGGAACCAACCUCGUUUGAAGAGUUUACGAAAUUAUUGAAGGGCAUCACGAAGACUUCGUAUCAGUGGCCGUGCCAUCUAUGGGCAUCCGUCCAAAAUCGUGGUUUUACACGGGAGUCGAUGGAUCAGGAGCUACAAUUGCUGAUCGUAACCAUGAAAUCUUUGAUCUUGUUCGGCACGGCGUGUGAGGAUGUCAAAAUGAAUGGGAUUCCAGGGGGACUUGAGGACUGGCAAAACGAGGCGAUCGACUGGGUCCGGAAAAUCAGUUCGCAUGCAGCUGACUGGGCCAGCACUGUUCAGGAGCUGUCUUGGCCAGAGUGUGCGACGGAGCACGCGGAGGCUCGGCUGUGGAAGCAAAAGCCAGCCACUGCCGACGAAGCGGCAUCGAUCGUGCGGCACGCCCAUGAAGAUACUGGACCGAAAGCAUGGAAAUAUCAAACCCUGGCUCACCCCGGUGAUUGGGAGCCGGAACAGCAAUAUGCUGUGCGCGCCAUAAACGGGACGUAUGCGAACGUGACAAACGCAGAGGGCUGGACCGUGCACGUGUUCAAAUUCAAUUCUGGGGACGAUGCAUUUUCCAGUAGAGUGGAGGAAGCGAAAAUUCGCUUACAAGAAGAGGACUACGCGGUGAAGAGAGCCUUGAGG